CAUGUUUCAAGGGGUCAAUGGUCACAAGUUGCUAUUGAAAAGGAUGUUGCUAUAGCGGUACAAGGUUGCAAACAAAAUAAUGUUGGUGUUGUUGGACAAUCAAAUUCAAAGUACAAUAAGAAGGAUCUAACUGUGAACGCUGAGAGGGAAGAUCCUUCUGAGUUCAUCACUCACAGGGCUAAAGAUUUUCUUCCUAGCAUUAAGGUUAUAGAGAAUCGGUUUGUACGAGCUUCUGAAUCUGGUAGGGAGGUCUCAAGGUUAUUGGAGGCAAACAAAAUCAAGGUUGGAUAUUAUGAGGCAAAAGGGAAAUCAUCUCCCACGAUUUUGCUAGCGGCUUUUAUGUUUGCUUGCUGCGAUCAAAAGGGUACACCUGUUUGCCAAGAACCUGCACAGAAGAUUAUUAAUUGGAAGAGGGCAUUAUCUUCUCAAUCAUCCUCAGUCAGGAACCCAUUAGUUACAACAUCGAAGGAAUAUAUAUUGAUAAUGGAAGCGACUUUGUUGAAGAACCCUGCAUGAUUGCUGGAAGCCAUUCGUGCACCCUUGACAGAAUGUAUGCGUGGGAGAGAAAACUUUACGUUGAAGUAAAUAUUACACAAUCAGCAAAAUAUGCUUGAUAAUUAACAUCACAUGAUUAUCCUAGUAUGCUAUUUUACAUAACAAACUAUUGCUAUGUAUUUUUCUGUUCAUCUUCUAUGUUUUCUUUUUCUCUCUCUUCAUAUUUCCAUUUAUCUUUUUCAACAGUAGGUUUGAUAAGGUUUUCCAUAAGCAUUAGAUAUAGCUGCUAACAACUACUUCCUCCUCUAGAUUAUUCUAACUCCUCUAGAUUAUUCUAAAAAUUAGAGAAAAAAAUUUGUCCAAAAUAUGUGAUUUUACAAAAUUAAUACUUAAUUAAAUAUUUUUUUAAGACUGUCCUUAACCAAUAUUUAGUUAGAGUAGUGUAUAAAAAGAGUAAAUGAGUCAUUAAUUAGAGAAAAAAAAGAUAUAUUAGGAAUUUACUUAAUAUAUUCUUUAAAAUUCAACAAAUUAAUUACAUUUUUUAAUACCUGUGCCAUAACCUUUAAAUGUCAUAUAAUCUAGAAUGAAAGUAGUAAAAGGUGGAAAGAAAGGAGUAGCAUAUUUGCAUUUAGAGUUCAAUGAUUCUAAAGUUUUCUUGAUGAUCUUAUAUUUGUUCAGUCCCUAGAAUAAGCAGCUAGGGCCUAGGUCUAUAUGUUUUAAUAGAAUUUAACAAUUUUUCUAGUCGCUCAUCAACUGGUUAGAUGUAUUGCACAUCCUAUUUUGUGUGUUAAAUCCCUUAUCCUGUUGACAUUAAAUUUCCUAUUGGGUUGUUUGGAGGCUGGUGAGUUCACAAAAAAGAAGUUUGAUAAGAAAUGUGAUCAACUAAGGCAUCAAUUCUCAAAAGAUGCAGGCACUAAAGUGAUUGACAAAACUCGGUCAGUAGUAAAGGAUUUGCAUUCGCAGAUAAUAGUGGCUAUUUAUUUUGUUGAUUUGAUAUCUAAACGAAUUGAGAGGAUGAGAGAUGAAGAAUUGUUCUCACAACUUUUGGAAUUAACUCAACGGUAAGAGAAAGUGAUAGAGUGGACUAAGCUAUCAACACUAACAACUAUAAGAUAAGUAAAUUUUCUUCUCUGCCUUUAUUCAUUAUUCAUGCAAUAUUUAUAGAUGAUUGAAUUAGAUACAAUGGUCUGUUAUUGCAUAAUGGAAAGAUCUAAUUUUAUGAUAUCUUUAGGUGGUUGUAACAAAGUCCUAACAAACUACAAACAGAGUAGUGGGAAAAUGGACAAUGUCAAACGUUCUAUGCAACACUACCAGGCCCACUUCACACGUAAUCACUAAGGUAAGUUGGCCUUGUGUUUAUCCUCUUGGGUCUGCUACUCUCUGUGCUUAUAUUGUUGCUAUUAGAAAGUUUGGAAAUUUCCACAUUUGUGAUGCUGAACCUGAAACUUUACCAGCAGUCUGCUAUACUUGAUAAUUAAGUGUUAGUUUGUUCUAGUAUUGGCUUAUGAAAAUGUUAGCAG